AUGAAUACACCAACAUCGUCACAACAGUCACAGUCACAACAAACACCAUCAUCACAGCAACUAUCUCAAUCGUCACAGUUACAAUCACAACAGUCAAUAAUAUCCUCGUCCCCAUCAUCAUCGCAAUCAUUAUGGGCUAAUGUAAUACAUAAAAUUAAUACACAAUCAAGACAAUUAAUGAAAGAGAAAAUAUUGUUAUCAUCACCCUCCUCACAAAAAUCAUUACACAAUCCACAUAGAAACAGCAAAAUGACACCAUCUUCAUCAAUGUCAUCUCCAAUACCAAUGUGGGAUACACUAACUGAUAUCGGAGUAAAUAAUAGCAAAAACAAUACUAAUAGUAAUAAAUCCAAUAAUAUCAAUAAUGAAGAAGAGGAAAAUGAUGAUGACGAUGAUGAUGAUGUCAGAAGAAAUAUAGAUUUUGGUGAUUUUGGUAGUGGUGGUUUUGAUGAUAUUUCAGAAAAUGAAAACAACAACUCUCAAUCCAUUGGUUCACCAACUUUAUCAGUUUAUACACCACCUUCAAAUAAAACACCAAAGAAAAGAUUAGGCACAACACAAAUAGCUCCACCCAAAACAAGAAAAAGAUUGGAAUUAGAGGAUAAAAAUGAAGAGAAUAAUGACGAAGAUCCAACACCUCCCACAACACCUUCAAAAAGAUCUACACCGAAAAAAGCAACACAAAAGAAAACAGCAAAGCAAGUAGCUUCGCCAAUGACAAGACAAAAGAGACUACAACAAAAAAAAGAUGAAAAUAUAUCAGAGGAAGAAGAAGAAGAGAUGGAACAAGAACAAGAUGAAAUCUCAAAACCAAAACCUACAAGGGGAGCUAAAAAAAAUGCGAGGCAGGACAAGAAAACAACAACAGAAGUAAUAGAGGAAGCUAACAAUUUUAUUAACUCACCCGCCUUAACAUCAUCUGCACCUAGACGUUUACCACGAAUUAAUAUAGAAACUUUAUCAAGAACCCAAAGAACAUUAUUGCAACAAGAUUUAGAAAGGGAUAUAGAUGAAAGCAGUAGUGAUGAAAGUGAUGAUAAUGAGGAUUAUAUCGAUAGUGAAGAUAUUGAUAGUGAUAAUGAUUUUCUUACAGAUUUUGAUAACACUAGUUAUGCAGAUAGUGAUAGUAGUACACCAAAUAAUAAAAAACAAACCCAUAUUUCAGAAUAUUCUAUAAAUAAUAAUUAUAAUAGUAUUUUUAUUAAUAAUAAUAAUAAUAAAAACAAUGAUAGCUCCACAAAUAAUACAACAGAAAUUAACACAACAGAAAUUAAUACAAAUUAUAUUAAUAGUGAAAGUACAACACCAAAUCUUACAAGUUUUAAUAAAGGUUUUGAUGAAGAAAUUUCAAAAUUAAGAAAUGAUGAUGACAAUGCCUAUACAUGGGAUUUUAAUGAUAGAGAAGAGUAUAGUGAUAGUGAAGUAUCCAAUCAAAUUUUUACACAAAGUGCUAUUACCGAUGCAGAGGAGGAGGAGGAUAACAAAGUAGGAAAAAUAAUAACAAUUGAAACAAAAGAGACAAAAGAAUCAACAGAAACAACAGAAACAACAGAAACAACAUCAACAAAAGUUACCAAAACAAAAAAACCAAGAAAACCUAGGGUUUCACUAUCAAAAAAGUGUGGACUAACCUUUCCUGUCAGUAGGGUUCAUUCGAUACUAAAGUCGAACAAAUUUUUUAAGGUUCCAAGAAUCUCCAAAUGCUCAACAGUUUACUUAACAGCAGUAUUACAAUAUGUUUGUGAAGAGUUAUUGAUAUUAUCAAUGGAAUAUUGUGAACAAAGAAAAAGAAAUAGAAUCCAAAGAAGAGAUAUACUAAAAUCUAUAAAAAGGGAUUGUGAAUUUAAAAGAAUACAUAACAAUUUAAUCAUCAAUUCUGAUACAUUUUAGAAAUCAAAAAUUAUUUAUUUAUUUAUUUAUUUAAUGUUGUAUUUUUAUGUAAUAAAUCUUAAAAAAAAAAAAAAACAAAUAUAAAAUUCUAAUAAGAAUUUUUUUUAUACUCUAUAAAU